AACACUUUCCAUACAAUGUCAACUGUAACUCGACUCCUGCCAUUCGCUCCCCGGAUCUCAAAUGUCUUCAAAACACAGUGUGUCCGAUCCACUGGGGUCCCACACAACUCCAUGGACCACAAAGGGGAACCACCAUAUGCCGACACCUCCGGCAGGCCGGAUGUGGUCGGGGUUAGCCAGCCCGGGGGUGAAGACAAGCCGGAUCAUGAAACCGCUCCCAAGACCCCCCCACUUCCCUGGCAGAGCGAUGCGUUGGAUGUCUCUGGGACGGAUCGGGACUGCUGGCCCACCCAGGCCAGAAGGGUGUCAUUUGCUGACACUUUUGGCCUGAAUCUGGUGUCAAUUAAAGAGUUUGACGCCCGGGGCACGUCAACGCUGCCAGACCUGGAGGCGGAUUCCAAGCAGCAGGUGGAAUACUGGCUGUCGCGUCUCUUCUCAACGCCAAGUUCUGAGACGGAGCUCGUGAGAAAACUUGCCGAGAGUAAGAUAGAGCUGCAGUCCGUGGAACUGCUCUCGGGAACGACAACGUUAAAGGGAGUCGUCCGGGUUCUGAACUUCUGCUUCGACAAGCGGGUCUACGUCCGCGCCACGCUCGACGGCUGGGCCAGCCACUUCGACCUGCGGGCGGAGUUUGUGCCAGGUUCGAGCGACGGCCAGACGGACCGAUUCUCCUUCAGGCUGACACUGGUGCCUCCAUUUGGCCGAGACGGGUCCAGAGUCGAGUUUUGUCUCCGGUACGAGACGGCCGCUGGCACCUUCUGGGCGAACAACGGCGGUUCGAAUUACGUGCUCUACUGUGCCGAGAGGGGAGGAAAGCAGGCGAAGGAGGGCCUGGAAAAGACCAGAAGGAGCUGUCUGAAAGGAGUCGGAAAGGAGCCCAGUGCUGGAACUGAGUUCUCCAUGGGUUCCUGUUCCUCCAUCAGAGCCUGUUCCUCCUUAGAAGUUCUAGGGGAGCACAAACACAGCAGUGAGGCGAUGGCACAGAAAGGCCCAGAGGUGUGGUGUUCAGAGAAGAAAGCUGAGGAGGACCAUGAGAAAGCCAUGGUGGAUAAUGGGCAGUGCUCCAGUGAGAGGAGGAAGCAGCGUCAGGAGUCGCGCCUGGACCAGAUACGGAACCACUUUGCCCAGAGAGAGAUGGCAACGCGAUUGGGGGGGCGUGAAUCGGCCAGGAACGAAGAGGCCAUGGCAACUAGAAACCCACAUCACAAGAAGUACCCGACUCUCUCAGGAGGAGCAGGAAGUGGACAUCAAACAAGCAGCCAGGGGCUUGGGCCACCCCGUGAACCUGAUUUGCCAUUGCCGCUGGCAACAGAAUCAAUGAUUAACCCAGGGACCAAUGACACACGGAGUCGCACAGAUCCGGAGGCGGGACUUAGAAAGACAGAGGAGGUCAUCCUUGAAAUGAAAGCAAGUGAUCUCUGUGAGGCCAUUUCUAAUGCCAAGUGUGUGGGCGUGAAGGAGGUUAAUUCGGAAGCCUCAUUUACCGGCCAACCCACGGCUCCCCAGAAAGUCACAAGCUCUGGUGCUCGAGAGGUGAGUGAGCAGGCUACAAAUAUGCAUAAUGAGAUUGGAAAUGAAAAUGACAUCAGCCGGAAACCAUGUGUGCAACAUGUGGAAGCCACUCAUGGGGAAGUAUCCUUAGUCAGGACCGAACCCAAGUCAGACAACCACCCCUCUGCGGCUCAACACCCCUUCACUUUUGGGAUUUUUGUGGCCCCAUUUUAUCAACAGGCCUCCUACAGGAUGAAGGCUGGCGACCGGGACAUCAAUCAAGAACAAGGAGAACACGAGUCAGAGUCAGUGGCAGAUUUCAACUGGUGGGAAGACGAGGAGACGGAAAAUGAGGACGACUCACAUGACGUGGGUACCCAGAGUGAGACCUCUGCCGAUGUACCUGAAAUUCCUGCGGACCAAUCAGAGAGCUGGCGUGAGAGGUUUCUAGAAGCCUCUGGGGGUCAUGUGAAUGUGGCUAAAGACAAAGAAUCUAUUGAAGACGGAACUCAAAACACCAUGAGUGGCUUUCAGACACAAACAUUCCUGAACCUUGAAUGUCAGGAAGAGCACAACACGCCAAAUGACGGUCCUAGCACUGAAUUUGGGGGAAGUGACACAAAGGUUAACUAUGGCCGUCCGGCUGAUGAUGCAGUAACACAUACAGGACAAGCAGACGAGGACAGUUUAGCGAUACUUCAAAAAUGUCCUAAUGCGAGCUUAGAAACGACAGAAUUAGUGGAAGGAUUUGGUCCUGACACAUUCAUUGCAAACUCAAAGGAAGGGACAGAGAACAUCAGGAAUCUACUUGAGGCCAAUGUUACAGCUGUGACAGACCUCUGCAGUAAAAAUGCGAUAGAUGUCUGUAAGCGCAAUGAUGCGUUCGGACUGAAUGGCGACUGUAAUUGGGUAAAUGAUGGAGAAUCAAUGAACGCAGACGGUGAAGACGGGAGAGCAGAGUCAGAAGAACAAAAUAAAGGGCACAAAGUUUAUGGGGAUGGAGAGGAAUCUCUCGAUGAUCUAAAAGAUCCAGUUUUUACAGACGCGGUGGAAGAGAGUGGAAAUGAAGAAGAGUUUUUAAAAUCAAAGGAAGACGCUCCCGUUGAACACAAGGAGGAAACAUCCUUAAGAGAAGUAAAAAAAGCUUUUAGUGAAGAAGUAGGGGUGAUGCCAGGAAUUAAAGAACGCCCGGGGGGGGAGAAAGUGCUCACCGGUGACACGGAAGAGUUUUUAAUGGAAACGAAAGACAGUUACAGUGAAGGAGGAUACAUAUUACUGAAAACUAUAGAGGAAGGAGGCAGGGAGAUCAACAAUGAUGAUUUACUUAGAAAAACACUCAACAAAGUGGUGGAAAUAUUCCGUGGAGGGAAAGAUAAAGAUGCGACUGGACAGGACGGUCAUUUCAGAGAAGAAGAAACCUCUUUAAAUAUGCUGCAAAGGAAUGAAAAAGCAGAUCAAAGAGACACAUUAGAGGGAGCCUCCCAUCUUCCAGAAUGUGAGGAAACUAUUUAUAGUGUAAAUAUUGAAUACACCUAUGAAGGGGAGACUGGUCUAAGGGAAGAGAGCAGGGUAUUUACAAAAGAGAAGGUGCAUCCCUGCAAGGAAGGCAGGGGAGUGAAAGAUGAAGAUGUCUGCAAAGGAAACAUUUUUGGGGAGGAAUAUGUAAACAAAAAGGAACAAGACAAUGAUUUAUACUUCAGAGAAGAGGAUGGUAUUAUUUAUGCACAAAGACAUGAAGAUGACAAUGACGGCCUCCUGGAAGGAAGAGAUGGAAAGAAAAGAAAAGGAGAUAUUUCAGAGCAGAACAGUAUGCUGCUGCCUGAAGGAGAACAAGCAGUUUACGGGUCUCGGUAUGAAGAUAUGGGUGGUGUUAGAGGAAAAGAUAAUCUACAAGACCAAGAUGUGGUAGAUGAAGGAGUACACAGGGUUCUUCAGAAAGCAGAGAGCACGUUCUGUGAAGAGAGAGAAGUCAACGGUGAUGACAUAGGAGACCCUGAAUUCCAUGAAGAAGCGAGCAGUAUCAGUGCAGGUGAGGAAUGCCUGCAGAGUGAGUUGAACAUGUGUACCGAAGAGGGAGUCGCGGAGAGCAGCUCCAAUGACUCCUACAGCGACGAUGAGAUGGAGCAAUACGUACUUGGGCUGAAGUGCCAUGAGAAGUCUUCUAACCCAACCACCCACCCCUUCAGAGACGUAUUGACUCUUGUCGGCAAAAGGAACUCGAUCAGUCUGGGCAUGACCGUGAGGACCCCCUUGCCAUCGAUCAGGGAGUCUCCGUACGAGGGUUGGUACAGCGAAGGGGAGUGGCAGAGCGGCCAGCCUUCGACGGACCUUUCUGUAGCCGGAGAAUCAAUAAAUACUAACCCAGUCAGACUGCCCCCUCAGGAGGAACCCGGAAAAGCCACAAGAAUUCAUCCUUUCUGCAAAAACGACUCCUCUUCCUUUGAAGAUGCUUCAAAAGUUGUAAUCUGUGGCGCCUCUGCAGCUCUGCUCCUUGUGACAGCUUAUCAUUAUGAUUUCAUUGCUUGCCUCGUACUCUACCUUUUCUCUUUGUUUUGGUUGUGCUGUCGCGGGGAGAAAGAAUGGUUCGCAAGCAAAUGACAGACCACCGUAGACGAUUGGAUUCUAUAUUCCGGGAUGUUUUGUUUUUAUGGGGGUGUUUUCAGGGGCCACCAACAAAGGAGCGAAAAUACCUGCGACAGAACAGAGGUGCCUGAGAAUGUAACCCAAGUCACAGAGCGGAAAACGAUCAGUGGAAGGAAAGGCAUUGGAAACAAAAUUAGGAUGUUAUUGAUCGAAGAACAGAAACCCAAGUAAUACAAUGCUUUGAGGACCACUGGCUGAACUGUAGGUAGCUGUGAGGGAGGGACGAGUUUAUAUAAAUGCAUCCUGGAAAAUGCAUGUGCCUGCGUCUUUUGCAGCAGGUUUCUAUAAAGAAAGUUUCGCAUUUAUUUCCAUUUUAUUGAUGUUGCAGAUCGGUUUAGGGUGUCUCUUCCACUGUGUUGAACAAUUACUUACUUGAUUACUUAGCAUUUUAUCUCCCACAGAAAGCAUUACUGUUUUUGCAUUUUUGUGUAUAUAUUGGGGCCAGACCCGUAGCCAGAAAUAUAUUUUGUGGGGGCUCCUGCAGUCCUCCUGCAGUAUAUUUACCAACCAGAGGGGGUCCCCCUCCAUAUAUAUAUAUAUAUAUAUAUAUAUAUAUAUAUAUAUAUAUAUAUAUAUAUAUAUAUAUAUAUAUUCAUUAUUCAUUCAGCUGAAUACACUGAGUUUGAGAAAGUUUCUCAAAAGACUGUGCCAGAUAUAAACACUGAUAUAAGACUUGUUAGAACUCAUUUUGUAAUUUUUGAAAACAACCAUUUUUAUGUAAAUAAAAAUGUUACGUACCAGUGAAAACAAAUCAUGAAACCAUAUUUACCUAA